AUGGGGCGGGAAUUAUUGGACGUGAUUUGGCUCUCGACCUGGGACGUGAGUUCGGCAGAGGACGGAACAGGAGAUGGCUUCACGGACGACAGAUUCCAUGGUAGAAGAAAAAGCUGCGCACGUUUCCAUGGCCGGCUAAUUCCAUUCUCUAGGGGAAAGAUGAAACUUCGUAUCAAGGACUUGUUCCGAAAUUACCUGACUGGUCCCCUGUCUUCAUCCAUUGUCAAUCUAACUCAAAUGCAGUGGCUGAGCCUGGGGUUUAAUGCAUUAUCGGGGGAGGUUCCAAAGGAACUUGGAAAACUAACUAAUCUGAGAUCAUUGUAUGUUAUUCUUGAAUUUCAAUGCAACUUGUUGCCAACAAGUACGAGUCUGCCCACGUAUAAUCAUCUUGUGUCCACAACUGUGUCAUCUACAAGCAUUAGCACGAAUAACUUCUCUGGCUCUCUCCCAUCAGAAUUGGGGAAUUUGAUAAAAUUAGAACACCUCUUCUUCCACAGUUCUGGAGUUAGUGUAAGAGUUUUCUGGCUUAUCCUUUGUCUUAUCUGGUUGGGUUCGGAUAAUGAACUCACAGGGAGCAUACCUGAAUUCAUAAGGAACUGGUCAAAACUUAGCGUCCUGAGGUUUCAAGUAAACGCCUUUGAAGGUGGAAUACCGUUGACACUUUCCAAAUUGACCGCUUUGACGGACUUGAGAAUAAGCGAUUUAUCUAACAGAAGCUCUUCACUGGCAUUUCUGAAAGAUAUGACGUCUCUGAGUAUCUUUUUUGAAAACAUUGAGACCCCAAGCUGUGUUAGUGCCAGAAAUAUCAUGACUUAUUCCAAGGAAAUUGUGGAAGCAUUCAAGUCCCCUCUCAUUAUGGGCUCUCAACAGGCUUGUCUAAUUUCUUGGAUGAAUCCCUCUACAGGUAAUGUCAAGCUCAAUACGGAUGGCUGCUGGUUCGAAAUGAAUGGGAGAGGAGGCUUUGGAGGACUGUUCAGAGAUCACACAGGUGAUUGGAUCAUGGGCUUUUACGGAAUGAGACACUUCUCAUCAAGCCUGGAAGCAGAGAUGUGGAGCAUCUACACAGGGCUGAAAAUCAUCCUGGAAAGGAAACUAAAGAACGUGACAAUUGAAUCCGACUCACUCACAGCGGUCAACCUGAUCAAGGAAGGGAAUCCACACAAUCACCCACAGAGCGUGCUCAUAAAUGAAGCUCAUUUCAUCAUGGCCAAAACAGAUACCUUGAUCGAGCACACCUAUCGCUCAGCAAAUCAAUGCGCGGACCACCUCGCAAGAAUGGGAAUCGAGCAGAUGGAUGAGCUCGUUUUUGUUAUGAACAUGCCCAUAUCUCUUAGGGAAUUCGUCAUUCGAGACCGCCUGAAUAUCAGAAUUUUGAGGAAUAACCAUAUUUCUGGUACUAUCCCCUCCAAUAUUGGUGAUUAUCAGAAUUUGUCUCAACUUCAUGGUAGUAUACUGAUAUGUAAGCUGAUGACAACACGUCGACAUCUGAGGCUUCAGCGGUCAAAUGUAAGACUGAACAAUUUAUCGGUUCUCAGUAGAACGAAAAUCUCAACUAAGCAUCCCCAUUAUGUCGUUUCCUGCAGAGAUGUGUCAUACAAUCAAUUAUCGCCGGUACUUCCAUCUUGGGCGAACAACAGCAUGAUUAUGGUGCUGUUAAUGCACGAGUUUGUCAGCUUUAGAGGAUGUAUGAUACUAAUUCCUAAAUUGUUCUUGUGUAAUGGGAUCGGACCCUUGUUGAAAUUGGCUGCCAUCUGUUUUUCACUUUCUAAACCACAGAUGAAAAUUUUGCGUUGUGAUUUGUGCAAACUGAUUGUUAGAAGUUCAGCAAAUGGGGCCUAUGUAAGAAGAUUUGACUGUAUUCUAGAGAAGCUUCCUUGCCUUGGGGAUAUUCGCAGUUCUCCUAAGUAUUUUAACUUUGCGAUUAAUUGUGGUGGUCCAGAGAUAACAUCUAGUAGUCAGAUUGUAUAUGAGCGGGAUAACGAGACUCUUGGUCCAGCUACUUAUUAUGAGGCUAGUACAAAAAGGUGGGCAGUGAGUAAUGUCGGGCGCUUCAACGAGCUAAACGAUCCCCAGUAUACGAGUUUCUCUUCAAUUCAGUUCAAUACUUUGGACUUGGAUUCGGAGCUGUUACAGACAGCACGAAUAUCACCAGGAUCACUAAGAUAUUUUGGGCUGGGACUUGAGAAUGGUAAUUACAAUGUGACUCUCGAGUUUGCAGAGACAGCAUUCUUAGAUCCCCCAUCUUAG